UCUUCUUUUCUUUAUGUCAGUCAUGUCAUUUCCAUUUUAAUCAGAUUUUGGUAGUCAUAAACCCCUAAUUAUAUAUCGACAAAUUAAUCAAUAUUUUACCACAAAUCAUCGAUAUUUAUUUAACUAAUUUCCAGAGUUUAAUUAGUUCUCUAAAAUACUAAAUCACUAGGAUUUUACAUUCUUCAAGGGCGUGAUGGCUAUUUUAGGAAAAAUUUUGAGGUCAGGAACAAAAUUUGGCAUUGUUGGAGGGGCGUGCUACUACUCAGUUCAGAGCGGUCUAUGGGCCGAUACUACACAGACAGAACAACUUUAUAAGGAGUUGUACAAGAGUGCUGCACCAUACAUGAAACACACAGUAAUAGAAGUUCCAGAAUUGCCAAAAUUUUCUGACUUUACUAAAGUAAUUUGUAAAAAGUGGAACGACAGUGUGAUAGCUUCUACAGACUUCCUUAUGCACCUACCUUCUCAUCUCUCCAACUUUGCAUCAACAAGCUUUGAAAAGGUCAAUGAGUUGGUUAGUGAUCCAAAACCACCAACAGCUCAGUAGUUUUUAAUUUUUGUUGUUGUAUAGUGUCUGUUAAUAUAUUAAAUUAAAUUAAAUCAAUUGCAAGACAAAA